AUGCCUCCAGCUGCAGAGUCGAAUGUUGUUGCCGGAGCGGUUCCUGAUUAUUCCACCGCGGCAGUUGUUCUUGAGGCUGAUGAAUAUGGUUUAGCGGCGGUUAUUGUUGGCGGAGCUGUUCUUGAUUAUUCCACAACGGUAGUUGUUCAGGCUGAUGAUUAUGGUUUUGCGCCAGUUGUUGUUGCCGGAUCAAUUCUUGAUUAUUCCACAGCGCCAACUAUUCAGGCUGAUGAAUAUGGUUUUGCAGCAGUUGUUGUUGCCGGCGUUGUUCCUGAUUAUUCCGCCGCAGCAGUUGUUGUCGUUAAGGCUGAUGAGUAUGUUGUUGUUGCCGGAGCUGUUCUUGAUUAUUCCAGGGCAGCAGUUGUUCUGGCUGAUGAAUAUGGUUUUGGGGCAGAUGUUGUUGCCGGAGCGGUUCCUGAUUAUUCAACCGCGGCAGUUGUUGUUGAGGCCGAUGAAUGUGGUUUAGCGGCGGUUAUUUUCGGCGGAGCUGUUCUUGAUUAUUCCACAACGGCAGUUGUUCAGGCUGAUGAUUAUGCUGUUGUCGUUAAGGCUGAUGAAUAUGGUUUACCGACGUUUGUUGUUGCCGGAGUUGUUCUUGAUUUUUCCACGGCGGCGGUUGUUCAGGCUGAUGAAUAUGGUUUUGUGGUAGUUGUUGUUGCCGGAGCUGUUCUUGAUUAUUCCACGGCAGCAGUUGUUUUGGCUGAUGAUUAUGGUUUUGCGGCAGAUGUUGUUGCCGGAGCGGUUCCUGAUUAUUCCACCGCGACAGUUGUUGUUGAGGCUGAUGAAUAUUGUUUAGCGGCGGUUAUUUUCGGCGGAGCUGUUCUUGAUUAUUCCACAACGGCAAUUGUUCAGGCUGAUGAUUAUGGUUUUGCGCCAAUUGUUGUUGACAGAUCUGUUCUUGAUUAUUCCACGACGCCGAUUACGCAGGCUGACGAAUAUGUUUUUGCGGUAGUUGUUGUUGCCGGCGCUGUUCCUGAUUGUUCCACCGCAACAGCUGUUGUCGUUAAGGCUGAUGAAUAUGGUUUACCAGCGUUUGUUGUUGCCGGAGUUGUUCUCGAUUUUUCCACGGCGGCAGUUGUUCAGGCUGAUGAAUAUGGUUUUGCGGCAGAUAUUGUUGCCGGAGCGGUUCCUGAUUAUUCCACCGCGGCAGUUGUUGUUGAGGCUGAUGAAUAUAGUUUAGCGGCGGUUAUUGUUGGCGGAGCUGUUCUUGAUUAUUCCAAAACGGCAGUUUUUCAGGCUGAUGAUUAUGGUUUUGCGCCAGUUGUUGUUGCCGGAUCUGUUCUUGAUUAUUCCACGGCGCCAAUUAUUCAGGCUGAUGAUUAUGGUUUUGCGCCAAUUGUUGUUGACGGAUCUGUUCUUGAUUAUUCCACGACGCCAAUUAUGCAGGCUGACGAAUAUGUUUUGGCGGUAGUUGUUGUUGCCGGCGUUGUUCCUGAUUAUUCCACCGCAACAGCUGUUGUCGUUAAGACUGAUGAAUAUUGUUUACCGGCGUUUGUUGUUGCUGGAGUUGUUCUUGAUUUUUCCACGGCGGCAGUUGUUCUGGCUGAUGAAUAUGGUUUUGCGGCAGAUGUUGUUGCCGGAGCUGAUCUUGAUUAUUCCACAACGGCAGUUGUUCAGGCUGAUGAUUAUGGUUUUGCGCCAGUUGUUGUUGCCGGAUCAAUUCUUGAUUAUUCCACAGCGCCAACUAUUCAGGCUGAUGAAUAUUGUUUUGCGGCAGUUGUUGUUGCCGGCGUUGUUCCUGAUUAUUCCGCCGCAGCAGUUGUUGUCGUUAAGGCUGAUGAGUAUGGUUUAUCGGCGUUUGUUGUUGCCGGAGCUGUUCUUGAUUUUUCCACGGCGGCAGUUGUUUAGGCUGUUGAAUAUGGUUUUGCGGCAGUUGUUGUUGCCGGAGCUGUUCUUGAUUAUUCCACGGCAGCAGUUGUUCUGGCUGAUGAAUAUG